AUGAGGGUCGUUGCCGCUCAUAUCGUUGCCUUUCUGCUGUCCACCAGCGUAUCAGCAUCAACAUGUUGUCAUCAAUUGAAGGAGAGCCUUGGCGACAAAAUCAGCUUUCCUGAUACCAAAAGCUACAACUCCACGUUGAGUAGCUACUGGUCAAAGCAAGAGUCUGCCCUUCACCCCAGUUGCGUUCUACAACCUACCAAUGCCCUUGAUGUCGCCGCUACUUUAAGUAUCAUCAACAAACACAAAGACUGCAAAUUCUCAAUCAAGGGACAUGGUCAUGCUCCUGCAGCAGGCUUCGCCAACUCCAACGGUGGUGUGACCAUUGAUAUGACGACUCUUUCAUCCGUAUCUCUCAACAGGAAGUCAACCAUUGCAAGAAUCGGCGCAGGUGCAAAGUGGCUCGACGUCUAUCAGUAUCUCGACGACUCAGGUGUUCAAGUCGCGGGCGGUCGAAACGGAAACGUCGGUGUUGGAGGCUUGCUCCUUGGUGGAGGAAUAUCUCACUUUACUACCAAAGUCGGAUGGGCUUGUGAUAGAGUGGUCAACUACGAAGUUGUACUCGCCAAUGGUACUCUUAUGAGCGUAAACAAGAAAGAGAACUCAGACUUGUUUCUUGCUCUGAAAGGAGGGGGAAGCAACUUUGGUGUUGUUACGCGCUUUGACGUUGAAACAUUUCCGCAGGGCGACAUUUCCACGACAAGCAUCUCAUACGAUAUGAACGAGAGGGAUAAGGUGUUCCAGGCCUUUACUGACUUACUCGACUCAUCUACAUACGAUCCCGCCGCGUCCUUAGUUACCAGUCUUCUUUACAGUUCGGCUUCCAAAUCUUGGUCAUUGUCAGCUUCAGCUGUAUACACAAAGCCCGUUCCCCAGCCAAAGAUCUUCAACGGUCUGUCGGAUGUGCCUCACACGAAGCUUGCCAAUAACAUCACGACAUUGGCAGAGUUUGCUAACGAGAAGGAUACACCACCAUUGAACUGGCUUUUUGCGACAUUGACUCUCAAGUCAUCAGCUCAGAACAUGCAGCGAAUGUUUGAGACCCUCAAUAAGACGAUCUAUUCUUUCAAUCCACAGGACGGAGUGACAUGGAGCAUCGCAUUUGAGCCAUUGGUAGCAGCGAUGCUGAAAGGUUCCAAGCACACCGAUUUCCUUGGCCUUCAAUCAGCGCACGAUGGCUACAUUGUUCUUAUCUCAGCUCUGUGGCCAAACUCAGCUGUCAAUUCGGAUGUUGAAGCAAAGGCAAAGGAGGUUCUGUCAAAAUGGGAAGAUAAUGCUCGCACAAAGGGUCUGCUGCAGAAGUUCCAGUACCUCAACUACGCCGCACCGUAUCAAAGGCCUUUUGAGUCGUACGGAGGUGAUGAGCUGGAAGUCCUCAAGUCGGUCAGCAAGAAGUAUGACCCUGCUCAAAUCUUGCAGAAGAGAGUUGGUGGCUUCAAGCUGUGA